AUGUCCGUGGCUGUCGACAUCCGUGCCAUUGCUUCAGACAGCGAAGCAGGAGAGCUGAAGCCCAGUCAAUACCAGUCAACUGACACCCACCCACGGUCUGUAGGUCCUCGUCUUCAUUCAAUUCGCGUGUCCUUCGUCCCUCAGCCAGACCGUCGGGCGAGCCUAAAUACAUGUCUAGCACACGCACACCACGCACAGCCGAAGCAAAGUUCGGUGAAGCCGCCUCCUCUAUCGGGCCAAAAGAUGGAGAAACUCUCGAAGGAGGACACUCAACGCCGAAGCCAAGUGGGUCCGGCUUCGGAGGCAUUCGGUCGUAACCACCACACCCCUUCUCGUGUAUUCACCAUCGUUAGGAAUGAGUAA